AUGCCGUCUAAUCAGGAUCCAGAUGCCCCUGCGGCAAAUGUACCUCAAAAUGAAGAUGAAUCUGGUUCUCAGACGGUCGGUGAGAUGUUUAUCGAGGCUAUAACGGUGGUAGGGUCUACAAUGCGUUCUACCUUUGUCGAGGCGAACCGCUGUGUUCGUAGCUGCGUAUACCCAGCUAAACAACGUUGUAUUCAGUUAUAUGACGACCUAACAAGUAACUUCACAGCGAAAGGUACACGCAAUGUGUACAGCAGCGAUGAUACGUUGAGGUUUGGUAACGAUUGUGGCGGUUCAGCAUAA